AUAAUAUUACGUUUAAGCGCUCGUAAAUUAAUUAAUUUGAGCCGGAAUUUGGCACGGCCGUCAGCGCCACGAGCGGCGCUUGUCGAACUAACCCGUCAAAACAGUUUUUUAGGUUAUUCCAAUAUUUAGAAAAAAUGUAAACAAAAAAUGUUUCGGUUUUUGCAACGCCCGUCCUUUCUGACUGGUAUUUUUAUCGGUGUUUUUUCCGCUGUGAUAGUUAGAAUUAGUCAAAUCCCGAAUUCGGGCCCCCCAGAACCAAGAGUCUUUGACACGAGCAAGUACCAGAAAUGGUUCGAAAGAACUAAACUGGGCCGUCGGCCGGUCCCGUUUGAUGUUUUACGAUAUGGCAAUAAUUCCUUCCACUUGGAGUCGCAAUACCUCCGGGAGAGAAUCGCAAUUUUGUGCGUAAUUCUGGUGAAAACGCCUAGAAAUGCGGACGCUGUCAGGGCGACAUGGGGGCGCAGUUGCAACCAAUUACAAUUCCUGAAUUUGACAACGGAACGCAAAAAAAUGCCAAGCAUUGUGAAAAACAGACAGGAGUCGUCCUGGGUCUCACUGUGCGAGCUGUUGAAAACAGUACCUGGACAGUUUGGGUGGGUUUUGGUCGUUUACGACUACACUUUCGUGUUGGUGGAGAAUUUGAGAUUAUUUCUGGGGGGGCUUGAGCCCCUGGAUAAGCAUUAUUUGGGGCACGCUGUGCAGUUUUGGAGCACUGUGUACAAUAUGGGCCAGGCUGGGUAUGUCCUGAGUCAAGGGGCAGUCCGUAGUUUUAAACAAAAAUUCAAUGAUAAGAGUUCUUGCACCAAAGUUCUGACGUACAGAAAUCAGGAGGACUACUAUUUGGGUAAAAGUCUCCUAUCACUUAAUAUAACUCCAGUGGAUACUAGGGACUCCAAUGGUUUGUCAACUUUUCACCCAUAUAAUCUCCACCACGUGUUUUUCCCCGAGGAGAAACACAAGUUGAGCGUCUUCCCCCAUAGGUGUUGCAGCCCCCAUACGGUUGCUUUUCAGUCGAUUGAAGGUGACAAGAUGUACACGUAUUACUACCUCUUGUACACGCUCCAGGUGUUCCAUUACGGCGAGUUGGGGAACAGGGCGCCCCCUAAAACAACAGAAGACGACCAGAUUUGGAAAACUUUCCUGAAGGAGCGCGACAUCUCGGAGCACAUCUCCCCCGAGCAGUAUUACAAGAUCUGGGAAAACAUCGUCGACGACCCGACUUCGUUCGCCCGCCACAUGAAACGCGAAGAGUAUUUCGAUUAUAACUAAGGUUGUGAUAAUUCCGUCCAAUUAUUAUAUUUUUAUAUUUUUCUGAAUAAAACUGUUGAAAGUU